GUUCCCAACAUGUGUAGUCAUUCUUUCUGUUCUACCCCACGACCGCCUCUCAAACUGUGCUCUUCAGACUCUGUAUUACAGGAGCGAUGCUGCUGUUGUGGAUAGCAUUAUCUCUCACCUGGCCUGGCACAACUGGCUUUACGAUCCAUAGCAUGAAGGAAGGUCUGUGUCUGGAGGACUCGUCUGAAGGAGCUGUUGAGUUAAAGACCUGCCGUCUGGACUCGGUCCUGCAGCAGUGGAAGUGGACAGAUCACUGGCUCCUAGUAAACACAGGAACCCUGAGGUGUCUCUCCGCCGUCCACACUGACCCAGUCCAGACCAUCACUUGUGAUUCUAGUCAACAUAUCAAAUGGCAGUGCAAAGCUCAACAGCUCAUCGGCCUGCAAAACUCUCUGACAUUGAGCACAGAGAAAGGAAAACUCAGGCUGAACGCGGGUGACCCUGGCACAUGGAAAUCUCUGGACGCGGGCGACAUCUGCCAGAAUAAAGCGAGGUCCAGAAGAGAAAGCGAGUUAGAGGCCGAUGAGUUUGACUUUGCUGAAGGGCCACCUGCACCGAGAAUGACAGAGGCACAGAUGAAGUUUUUACAGUGGUAUUACCGCACAGAGGACCCAACAACGUGGAAGUUCGGCAUGCUGGCAUUUGCUUUUCUGGGUCUACUGAUUGGUGCUAUGCUGAUGGUCAUGGGCAUGAUGGCUAAUAGGAACAGGAAGCAAAUAGCCAAAUACAAAGCAGCCUCUAAAGUCACAGCGGUGAAAGCUGAAACGGAGGAGUUGCAGGUCAUGGUCACUGAUAAGGUCACAGAGGUCAAGGAGGAGAAAACCCAUUUCAUCCCAUCCGAAAACAACAGCCAUAGGGAUCGGGAAGAGCCUUCAUUCGACAGCAAAGCCUCAGAGGAACUGAAGCCCGGAGAAACAGUGGAGACCUGGAAGGACGGGAAUGUGUCUACUUUGUGUCCCGAACCUGCAGAGGAAGGACAAGGGGAAGAGGACGUCCACAACACAGAUGUGUCCCAAAACUCCCCCCGAGCAAUAGUUUCAUCGGAGACAAUUGCAUUUUAACUUAAUCCGACUGUGUUGACUUUCACAUUGUAUUCCAAAUGAAGACAACAUCUGAUUGGUUGACAAAACAUUUUAGAGUUAACCCAAGGCUAUAAAUACCCACAAUUUUUACCAAUGGAAAUGUCUAUUACAUUUACAUUGAUGACACAAAGUCCUUAUAAGAAUAUU